AUGUCUGAAGACUCGAAGGCCCUUGGUCAGGAAUGGAGCAUGCUGGUGGGGAAUCUGGUCUCGAUCUGCAGCGGGGGAGUCAUCUGCAUCCUGGUGUCUCUGUGCACGCAGCCGGCAGGUAGGAUCCUUUCGCAGGAGUGGGAAAAGACCCAGGCUAUUGACAAUCCUCUCUUCCCUUGGACGGAGCUCUAUGCCAAGGAACUGGGAUUAAGCGAGAACUCCGGUGAUCGCCAAUCCCUUCGGCCUUCAUACGAGGCUGUGGCGGGGGCCUUUAAAGGAGCGAAGAUCACAGCAUGUGUCGCGUCCAUCCUCCUCACGAUCGUCCUUAUCGUCAUCUGGCCCCUCAUUAUGUUACGGAUCGGCAUCCUCGACCGACAAGGUUUCGAAGGCUGGGUGAUGUUUUCCGAGGCGUGGGCCUGGGUCGCCGGAGCGUUCGUCAUCAUCAUCCCUAUCAUCUGGGAGAUCCGGGCUAUCAGGGCCGACAGGGCUGUCGUCAAGGCCACCGUCCAAGACGACUCUGUCACUGACUUUGACUACGAGGGACCCAAGUGGGCCUUCCGCACCAUAACGCCCGACCCAAUCAAAUUCAGACCCACUGUACUGCACUGAAACUGCACGACACUCCAUGUAUUAAGACGGCGAUGGAGC